GCCGCCGCCGCCACCAUGAGCUCAGAACCGUGGCCGGGCCUGCCCUUCCUCCCAGGCUACGCCUUCAGGGACCCCAUGAAAACGUCUUUCCAUCGGUCCCAGACGCUGGGCUACAGAAAAGGAUAUGCCUUUUUUCGGCUGCCGACGGUGGGGAUCGGCGGGGAGCGGUUGUACGUGAAUCAGCUUUCUCAAGCUGAAUUAGAUGAAUUAUCCAACGUGAGACCCACGCUGACCUACGGGCCGGCCAAGGAGGCUCCACCUUCAGGCUUCGUUCCAGCACACGUGGCUUUUGACAAAAAGGUUUUGAAGUUUGAUGCCUAUUUCCAGGAAGACGUUCCUCUCUCUGCAGAAGAGCAUUACCGGAUCCGCCAAGUGCAUAUCUAUUACUUCUUGGAAGAUGACAGCAUGUCCGUCAUAGAGCCUGUUGUGCCCAACUCUGGUCUUCCUCAAGGCAAACUUGUCAGACGCCACCGAGUACCCAAGAAUAACCAUGGGGAUCCUUACCACUGGAAAGAUCUGAAUCGGGGCAUGAACAUCACCAUCUACGGCAGGACGUAUCGCAUAGUCGACUGUGACCUCUUCACACAGGUGUUCCUGGAGAGCCAAGGAAUUGAACUGAACCCUCCAGAGGAAAUGGUUUUUGAUCCUUACACCGAACUGCGGCGAAAGCCCACACGCCAGUUCGUCACACCCUCAGAUUUCGACCAGCUCAAACAGUUUCUGACCUACGACAAGCAGGUCCUUCGCUUCUACGCCAUGUGGGAUGACACUCACAACAUGUUUGGUGAGAAUCGACCUUUCAUCAUCCAUUACUAUUUGGCAGAUGACACAGUGGAGGUUCGGGAAGUCCACAAGCAAAAUGAUGGUAGAGACCCGUUCCCAAUACUAAUAGGACGCCGACGCUUGCCCAAAACCUUAGUGGACAAGAAAAAGACCUUCCCGAGCUGUGUGCUGGAGAUCUCUGACCACGAGGUACUUGAGUGGUUCACAGCUAAAGAUUUUGCUGUUGGCAAAUCUACCACCCUCCUUGGACGCACCUUCUUCAUCUACGAUUGCGAUGAGUUCACCCGAAACUUCUAUCGUGACAAAUUUGGCAUCACAGACUUCCAGCCAGUGGAAGUAAACAAGAAACCACUUGAGGAAGUUCCACAGGUAAUUCCUCCCUAUAAUGGUUUUGGCUUCGUUGAAGACUCUCUUCAGAACUGCUUUUCACUGUUUCCAAAGCCUCCCCGGAAAAAUAUAAUUAAGAUGCUAGAGAAUCACCUCAAGGUGCUGCGAUACCAGGUGUCCCUGGAAUCACCAAACCCCGAGGACAGAGAGCGUCGUUUCAUCCUCUCUUAUUUCCUCUCUGAUGACAUGAUCAGCAUCUAUGAACCCCAAGUCCGCAACUCCGGCAUCAUUGGAGGAAAAUAUUUAGGAAAGACCAGAGUUGCCAAACCAGGCUCUUCUGUAGACAACCCCACGUACUAUGGGCCCUCUGACUUCACCAUCGGUUCUACAAUUGAAGUGUUUGGCCACAGGUUCGUUAUCACUGACGCUGAUGAACAUGUGCUUAAUUAUAUGGAGAGCAACGCGGAGAGUUUCCCUGCAGCAACACUGCAGUCCCUGAGGGAUCAUUUUCGCCCACGGCAGAUGGCAAAGAAGGCUGCCAACAGUGUCAGCUCCACACUUGAGACCGGCAAGCAGGAACUGGAUGAAUUAAUUGGGCAGAUUCGGGAAGAGCUGAAGCUCCAUAAGUCCUUGGAUGGCAAGAUCAUGCGGGAGGCAUUUUGUCAGUGCGAUGAGGACGGCUGUGGCAUCCUGGACAAAGCCAAAUUUUUGGCCCUUUGUGACAGCUUGGGUGUGCCAACCAACGCCUCUCUGGUUCACAAGCUGAUUGACCUAUGUUCUUGUGGAGAAGACAAGAUAAACUACAGUGACUUCCUCAGAGCCUUCGCCUCGUGAUCCUUGCCCAGAAGUUGGAGCACAAGACCAGCAAUACAAUUCUUAGCUGAGUUGACUUGAAGACACCGUACCUCCAAAAGGAUGCUCUAAUCUUCACCUUUGCUUCACUCACUUUCUCCCUCCCCUCCCCACUGAGCUAAUUGCACCCUCACUUCGUUAACCUUUGUUCCUUCCUACCCUCUCCCUGCCUUUUUAGCUGUCACCGAACUUGACCUCACAACUGCUGGAUAUUGAAAUGAAACUCAACAGCAGGAAAAAAAAAACACAGAGAACCAAAGCCAAGUUCUCCUCUUGCUCUCUCAACUUUUGAAUGCAGAGCAGCAAGGCUUUGCUAGAGCUAAAGCCUGGAGAGAUAAUGACUUCAGACUUGUCUUUCAGAGCCAAAAGGGGCCUUUCACCUUCAAGCAGCGCAGACUGCCAGUUUAAAUUGUUCUUUGCAAUGUGAGAAGAUCUAAGAGCCCUGCCCAUGGACCACGAUAAAUGCACCCUUGCUAGUCUGAAUGGAAGCAAUGCAUGGCUGUUAUAAAAGUGUUAAUAAAUCUCCUUUAAAUAGAAGUA